AUGCAGCAGCUGCAGGCGACGCCGCACGAAGUGCUUUUUGAACCGCCCGCCCUGCCUGCCGUGACCGUCAUAACAGCCAGCGGGGAUGAUGUUGACGCCACCGCCGCGCCGACCGGAGCCGUUGGCAGCGCGACGCUAGUGCUCCUAGUGACCGAGGCGCAGGUGGCGGGUUUUGCGGGCAGAGAGGAGGCGCCCAACCCGCAGCCUGGCAGGGUAGCAAGCCCACUUGACAGCUGGGAUGAGUCGUCCAAGGCUGCACUGUUUGCAAUCCAUAGCCACAGCUUCGAGGGCAAGCAGGGCCAGGCCAUGCCGCCGCUGCUGCUGCGUGCGGACGGCGGCGACGCGCCGCCGCGGCCUGCGCUCCUCCUGGGGCUGGGGAAGCCCCCCCUGGCCACCAGAAGCUGGGGAGACACUCCGCUGCACUCCGCCGGCCUCGCACUGGCCGCCGCCGCCAAGAGCCACGGACUGCAGUCCGUGACGGUGCCCCUGCGGGGCCUAACGCCGCUGCUCGCCACGGCCGGGCCCGCAGGCGCGGGGGCGGGAGAAGAUGCAGCGAGCGGCGCAGCGGCGGCCGUGGCGGCUUUCGUGGACGGCGCAAUAACGGGUCUGUACGAGGGGAAUGUCAGAUACAAGAGCAAGCCCGCGCCGAAGGCGAAGCUCAAGUCCAUUACGCUGGUGGCGCCCGCGGAGGCCGCCGCCGCCACCAGAGGUGGCGCCCCCGCGGCGGCGCUCGUGGCGGCGGCCGCCAAGGGUUUGGCCCUGGCGCGCGCCAGGCUGUUGGCGAGGUUUCUGGUGGAGGCGCCCCCCAACGUGUGCACGCCCUCCCACCUGGCCCGCGCCGCCGCCCACAUCGCGGCCGCUGCGCCCGACCGCUUCGACCUCAAGGUCCUUGAUGAGGCAGAGUGCCUGGCCCUGGGCAUGCGGCUGUUUGUGGGUGUUGGUCGCGGCUCGGACGAGCCCCUGAAGCUGGUGCACCUCACGUACAACCCCCCAGGGGAGGUUACGCAAAAGAUUGCGCUGGUGGGCAAGGGCCUCACGUUCGACUCUGGCGGCUACAACAUCAAGGUUUGGGCGCGGCAGGGGUGUUUCGAGGGUUUACGGUUUAGGGUUUAG